AUGCUGUUCGAUGUGGGUUUCACUCCUCGGGAGAUGCUGGUGAAACGAUUGGGUGGUUUUCAUCGGGUUACUUCUCAAAUGAAAUGGGGUUACAUCUAUUCGAAACUCCAUUUGCCGCAACAUUUCACCGCCGGUCCCCGAAAUCUUCAGGCUGCAUUUAAAAGGUACCUAUACCCCCUGGAUGACAUAAGUCGAAAACUGGGCACGGAAUUAGAUGAAUUGCCUCUGGCCAGACCUAGGCAUCAAACACUGGCCAAUCAAAAUGCAUCUCAGUUAACCAAAUCAGGCACUGGAACCACGCAUUCCAGUGGGACUGGAUCCCGCCAGCAGAGUGGUGCGGGUUCAUCAUCCACUCCGAGUGGCAGUAAAACUGUUUCAUCCCAAUCAAGAAGCACUGAUAAAGUCCCCAGUACGACCGGCACGAUUACCGCACCGACACCGUCUACACCAAAUAGUAAAGAGUGUUCACCGCCAAAGGUUGCAAGCAUCGAACCGAUUGUAGAAUCUGCCAGUUUUUCCUCUCCGCCAGUUCUCAGUCCGCUUAUGACAACGCACGAGCAUUCACCUUCACCGGACACUGCACGUUCUACCAGGGGCGGUGGAUCGAAACGUGACACGUUGGAUCUGGUUCCGAUGGAAGAAAAUAUGGACAGUUCGAACAAAUUGUUGGACAGCCUGUCCGAGUCGCGUUCGAAUGACAAAUCACGCGAGUGUCGUACAAUUGUCUUCAACAACAAUCCGGGCAGGAACGUAGAUCUUGAGUCUAAAAUGAGCUAG